UUAUAAAAAUAUUUGUAUUCGGAGUAUUAUAUUUAAAUUUAUGGGUAAUUAUAUGUGUCAAAAAAGAUUUAACUGGUUUCUGAAUGUGUUAAAAAGAAAAAAUCAUAAUGUGGCGUCAACAAUGGACUUCUCAAUAAACGAAGGCAUACUACGAUACAAGUAUGUAUAGUUAAGAGAAGAUUCAAUCAUUAUGACGAGAUUGCAGAAUGCACAAUUGUUUCAAAUGUUCAUUUUCUGUUUAUUAUGGAUAUGCUAUGUUUAUCUGUUCUUCCAAAAGAAACAUGAAAAAAACCAUAAACAUAUUAAAAAGUUAUCGAUUCUUAGCGUGGAAAAAUUGGUGUUCGAUACAAAUCAUAGGAAAAUAUUGAAUAAGGAACCAGUAAAUAAUUUCAAAGAGAGAGAAAUAUUCUUGAUAAAUCCUUCAGAGUUAUUGUGUGGAAAUUACAAAUGUGAUUCUUUGCAAGUGUUAUUUGUUGUGAAAUCCUACGUUUUAAACUUUGGCCAGCGCGAAGCUAUACGUAGGACGUGGGGAGGCAUGACAAAACUGCGAUCAAAAACUGUUUUUAUUAUUGGAUAUCUAGACGGCAUCGACUAUUUUGUUGAUUUUGAAUCAGAAAAGUACAAAGAUAUUGUUCAGUUAAACAUUAAUGAUCAGUAUCACAAUGUUGUUUAUAAAACAAUUUAUGCUUUGAUAUGGCUAUCACAAAUAAACAUAACAUCAACAUUCAUUCAUUUUGUUGAUGACGAUCGAUUUCUUAAUCCACUGAAUAUUUAUGAUAUUGCAAGACGAAAUAUAAACUCAGCAGACUUGAUUGUGGUUGGAUAUUUGCUUAAUCAAUCGAAAACAAUUAGAGAUAAAAGUUCGAAAACUUAUGUUUCACCAGACGACUAUCCAUUUGAUUUGUAUCCGCCAUAUAUAAUUGGAGGAACUAUCUUAACAAAUAAAAAAACCGUUGGAAUGUUAGCAGUUGCAGUUGAGUAUAUGAAGGUUAUUCCAAUAGAAGAUGCAUAUAUUGGUAUGGUAGCACACUCAAUUAAUAUUAGCCUUAAACAUCAUGCGGCUUUUUUUGCCUAUAAACAAAAUCUUACGAGUUUUAUUCGGAAUGGAGUAUCCUCUCCUGGUUACGAAAACACGCACAUUUUGAUGAGGGACUGGGAUUUACUUCAAACAAAAACUUAUAGUAUGCAACUGAGGAAAAAAUAUUGGAAAUACAAAAAUUUGUAAGCAGUUAGUUUCAGUUCUUAAUUAGAUUCUAUGUAACUGCGUUUCGUACAUUGACUGGUGAAGAAUAUGCAUUUGUUCCUGUCAUUAUAAUUGAAAUGUUUUGAAGUAUAUUUUUCUAUUAUUAAUUAUGUCGGAUCAUAACUGUACUCUUGUAAUAUUGUUAACUUUCAAGCAGCAAAAUGUAAUUAAUUGCAUGCAUAACUAAUUUGAGAGCCUAUCAAUGACUAUCGCUGUUUUCAACUCAUACUUUUCUGAUUGUUUCUGGUUUAAGGAGAUUCAAUUCCGUUUCAGGGGAGAUAACUAUAAAUUCAUGAAUGAAUUUCCUUGUCCCGUUGUCACAAGUUUUGUUUACGAUCUAUUGUAAUAAGUAAUCAUAUUACAUACAUUUGUAACUAAAAAUCUAAAAAAUAUUCCAUUGUGCAAAAUUGACAAAUCAAAUAAGAAACAAAAUCAACAUUUUUGACACUUCAAAUGAAAGAGAAGAUAUUUUUAGAUUUCUGUGAGAAUAUUUGGCUUUCUUUGCCUUGCAGCUUAAAGACGUCGUUGAAUUUAUCAGAAAAUGGCAAGUCGUUUUCCCGCAAAAUAUGUGGCGACUAACGAGAAAACACAUUUUCAGGUCAUUAUGUUAUAUUUGAAUAUAUAUACCGUUUUGAUCUUGUGCAACGAUACAAUUGAAAGAUUAAAAUAUACGAAAAAAAUGAAAUAUAAUAAAAUCGUAUUGACAAAUA